AGGUGUGAAACUUUGUGCGUCCCACGAAUCUCAUCUACUCACAAGACCACCCCUUCAAAACACACACAAACAUAUAGAUACACAAAUAUAUAUAUAAAAAACACACAAAUUACAGACAAAACAAAAAUUUUCCACAGAGAGAGAGCUCAUUGUACUUGUUGGGAAGCUUCAAUAUGACAUUUAAAAUUUAUUCUUGAAGCUUCAACAAUUCUCCAAGAAUCACAAAAGGGUAUAUUUGUCAAUAACAAAAGUUUCAUAAUUUGGGGCUAAAUCUUUACACUUUUGAAAACCCUAACCCUAAAAUUUUAUCAGGGAAAAAUGAAAUCUUUAUCAAAAUGAAGUCUCAUAAUUCUGAACAAGAUGAUACCCAUACCAUAGAUAGAUGCAAUAGUCCUAUAUCUAUUGCUCAACAAGAUUUUACUUUGUUGAUUUCAGAUCAGAUAUUGAUACAUAUAUUGUCUAAGCUUACUAAGUCACAGUUAAUCUCUAGCUCUUUAGUUUGUAAAAGGUGGUUAAAGAUUAAUGGUGGGUUAGUUAAAGAUUUAAGAUUGUUGGAUUGGGAUUUUCUGGAUUCUGGUAGACUUGUUUAUAGGUUUACUAAUCUUGUUAGUGUUGAUAUUCUUCAAUCUUGCAUUGUAUCCUCUCGAAAUGUAUCGGGUAUCUGUUUAAGUAAUAAGUUUGUGUCUAUGCAUAUUGAUUCGGAUGUUUCCUGUAAUGGGUUUGUGUCAAAAUUUGAUUUUUUGGAUGCCCGGGUGAUUGAUAGAGGGGUUCGGGUUCUUGCUCAAGGGUGCCCGAAUUUACGUAGGCUUGUAUUGCUUGGUGUGAGCUAUGAAGGGUUGGGGUAUAUUGCCAACGAGUGUUUAGCUUUGCAGGAGCUUGAGCUAUGUAUGUGUUUAGAUAUGGAUUUAAAAGGGCUUGCAGGGUUUAGGAAUUUGCAAAUUUUGAAACUUGUUGGUUCUGUUGAUGGGAUGUAUGAUUCAGUUGUUUCGGAUAUUGGGCUAACUAUUUUGGCUCAAGGGUGUCCUAGGUUAUUGAAGCUUGAGCUUGUUGGUUGUGAAGGGAGUUAUGAUGGGAUUAAAGCGAUUGGACAAUGUUGUCAAAUGAUUGAAGAGUUGACCUUUUGUGAUCAUAGAUUCGAAGGUGGGUGGUUAGCUGCAUUGUCGUAUUGUACCAAUUUGAAGACUUUAAAGUUUCAGUCUUGUAAGUUUAUUGACCCGAGUCCGGGCCCUGACAAGCAUUUAGGUUCCUGUCCUACCCUGGAAGAAUUACACUUGGAGAGAUGUCAGUUAAGAGAUAAACAGGGGUUGGGAGCGUUGUUUAUGGUAUGUGAAGCUGUCCGGGAGCUGGUUUUAGAGGAUUGCUGGGGAUUGGACAAUAAUUCUUUCAUGGCUGCAAGUAUGUGUAGGCGAGUGAUGUCCCUAUAUUUGGAAGGAUGCUCGUUACUUACAAUGGAUGGUUUUGAGCCAGUAGUUCUAUCAUGGAAAGAGCUUAAGAGACUAAAAGUAAUUGCUUGUAAUAAUAUAAAAGACAGUGCUAUGACACCAGAAUUAGCUACCCUUUUUUCUGUUCUUAAAGAGUUGAAGUGGCGCCCAGAUUCCAAGUCUAUUCUCACAUCCGGUCUUGAUGGUACCGGUGUAUGGCAGAAAGGUGGUAGAAGCUUCAAGAUUUAGUCUUUCUUUUUUCAAUAGUUAGCGCCGCACAAGACAGUAACCUGAGGGUAUACUUGCUCUAGUUUUCCCCAUAAAGAGUAGUCUUAGGCUCUAGAGAACAAGUGUAUCAAAUGUCAGUAUACAUCUAAUUUCAUUUUGCUAUUUCUUUCCACAUAUUUUUCUAUAAAGUUAUAUUGACAGCGUUUGUUUUGGAGUUAAUACAUCUCUUAUUUGCUAGUAAAA